GGAGGAGCGCGCAGAGGGAGGCGGGGGGGCAGGAAACCCUCCUGGAAGUAUGAAGGAGAUGGUGGGAGGCUGCUGUGUGUGUUCCGACGAGCGCGGCUGGGCGGAGAACCCGCUCGUCUACUGCGACGGCCACGGCUGCAAUGUGGCCGUGCACCAAGCUUGUUAUGGAAUUGUCCAGGUUCCCACCGGCCCCUGGUUCUGCAGGAAAUGUGAAUCCCAGGAAAGAGCCGCCCGGGUGAGGUGCGAGCUGUGUCCCCACAAGGACGGAGCCCUGAAGCGCACGGACAACGGGGGCUGGGCCCACGUGGUGUGUGCCCUGUACAUCCCCGAGGUGCAGUUUGCCAACGUGCUCACCAUGGAGCCCAUCGUGCUCCAGUACGUCCCCCACGACCGCUUCAACAAGACCUGCUACAUCUGCGAGGAGCAAGGGCGGGAGAGCAAGGCGGCCUCGGGGGCCUGCAUGGCCUGCAACCGCCACGGCUGCCGCCAGGCCUUCCACGUCACCUGUGCACAGAUGGCAGGACUCCUGUGCGAGGAGGAGGUGCUGGAGGUCGACAACGUCAAAUACUGUGGCUACUGCAAAUACCACUUUAACAAAAUGACCUCGCGCCAUUCCGGGGGCAGCUCCUUCCUCCCGGGCCGGCGGAGCCGCUCGGCGUCCCCGGCCCAGGAAAAGCACCUGUCCCACCACGAGCGGCCAAAGAAGAGCCGCAAGGACAAGGAGAGGCCGAAGCAGAAGCACAAAAAGCGGCCGGAGUCCCCCAGCAGCCUCCCCCCAGCACCCGUGGCCGUGGCUGCCGAGAAGGGCUCUGGUGGCCACCACGAGGCCACCAAGGAGAGCUCGGAGGUGGCCAGGGCAGAGGCCAAGGGCAGGAAAUCCUCGAGCCACGGCAGCAGCCACAAGGGCAAGAAGACGGGAAGCGGGAAAAGCUCCGGAGGCUUUGGAUCCGCCCCGCCUGGAGGAACCUUCCAGAGCGCCGGCUCCUCCUGCGGCCUGCCCGGCUCCCAGGACUUCGCGCCCUUCCCCAAGCUGGAGCAGGAGGACGAAAAGUUCCGCAAGGCUGCCAGCUCCAGCUCCUCCUCGCACUGCUCGCCGCUCUCCGAGGGCCCCAAGGCCGACGUCUUCGAGCAGAAGGUCAUCUUCUCCGGCUUCGGCUCCAUCAUGCGCUUCUCCACCUCGGCCGUGGGCCAGCCGCGAGCCCGGGACGCCUCCCCUGUGGACUACAAGGCCUCCAGCACCCUUGGUGGCCCUGCGGGUGGCACGGCUGGCACCGCUGGCGCCACCGGGAGCGGCCACAAGCGGAUGCCGUCGCUGGGCGCCGAGGAGGGAGAGGUGCUCAAGGAGAAGAAGCACAAGGGCAGCAAGAAGAACAAGCACGGCCCCGGCAGGCCCAAGGCGGGCAAAGGCAAAGAGGUUUUGGGGGCCCAGCUGGCUGGGUCCACCUCCACCUCCUCCUCUCCCUUCUCCGGGGGAUCCCUCGUCAGCUCCAGCGUCGGGAAUUCCUCCCGGAGCUUCAGCCACCCCGGCAGUCUGCCCAGCCUCAGCAUGGAGUCGCCGCUGCUGGGCUCAGGGAUCUACACGAGCAACAAGGACCCGAUCCCGCUGGGCGCGGCGCUGCGGGCGGUGUGCAGCACGCCGCUGCCCUCGGGGCUGCUCCCGCACCAGGGCGGCGCCGCCCUGCCGCAGCUCAGCCGCUCGCCCUUCGCCAGCUCCAUCCCCGCCUCCUCCUCCUCCGCCGGCUCCACCACGCAGGUGUUUUCCCUGGCGGGUUCCACCUUCAGCCUCCCUUCCUCGCACAUUUUCGGGAGCCCGCUGACGUCCGGGCUGUCCCUGAACCCCCUCCUGAGCCAGCCGGAGAGCAGCCGGGCAGAGCCCGACCUGGAGGAUUGCGGCUUCGGCUGCCGAGGGACGUCCCCGCAGGAGAGCCUGUCCUCCAUGUCCCCCAUCAGCAGCCUGCCGACCCUCUUCGACCAGACCGUGUCGUGCAGCAGCAGCGGGCAGCUGGACAAUGUCCCACAGGCCACCCCCAACAUCGAGCAGCUCCUGGAAAAGCAGGGCAACGGCGAGGCCGGGGUGAACAUUGUGGAGAUGCUGAAGGCGCUGCACUCGCUGCAGAAGGAGAACCAGCGGCUGCAGGAGCAGAUCAUGACACUGACGGCCAAGAAGGAGCGGCUGCAGCUGCUCAAUGUCCAGCUCUCUGUCCCCUUCCCCGUGGUCACCAGCAGCAAUGGCCCGGGCAGCCAGGCCCAGUACAUCCUGCCUGCCAACGUCUGCACCGGUGACUCCCUGAGCAUCAGCAAGAGCCCCCCGUGCAAGAACAGCUUUGGCAUCGAGAACUCGCUCUCCACAUCCUCCGAGGACCCUCACUCGGGCUGUCCCAGCAGGAGCAGCUCCUCCCUGUCCUUCCACAGCACCCCCCCGCCCCUGCCCAUGCUGCAGCCCAGCCCCGCCUCGCUGCCCCUGCCCGGGGCGCAGCAGGUGAACGGCCUGGCCAGGGCGGCGGGCGGGGGGCUGGUCGGAGCCUCGGGGGCCAGCCACGGCCUCUCGGCGGUGCCCAUGGUGGAUGGCCUGCUGGGCAGCCUGGCCGGAGCCCAGCAGAUGCCCCUCAACGGGAUCCUGGGGAGCCUGAACGGAGCGCAGCCCGCCCCGCCGCCGGGCGCGGCCCCGGCCCUGCCGCUCUCCGCCAGCCUGAGCAGCAUGGCCAGCCUGAGUCCCCUGACGGAGCAGCAGCGGCACGUCCUGCAGCAGCACGAGCAGCAGCUGCAGCAGCUGCAGCAGCUCCUGACUUCCCAGCCGCUUAACCCGGAGCAGCAGGCGCUGGUGUUCCAGAUGAUGCAGCAGAUCCAGCAGAAGCGGGAGCUGCAGCGGCUGCAGAUGUCGGGCUCGUCCCAGCUGUCCCUGCUGGCCGCCACCUCGGCCCCGCUGCACCCCAGCCCCGGCGCGCUGCUGACCUCGGCCGCGCCCAGCGGUGGCUCCCUGCUGGCCUCGCUGUCCCCGCAGCAGCUGAACCCCGGCGGGGCCCUGCUGGCCCCCCAGGCCACCCCCCCGCUGGGCUCGGGGCCGGCCAUGGCCCCCAACCCCUUCCUGAGCCUGCAGCCCGACGGCAGCACCCCAAAAGGAGCGACCCUGGGUGACAAGGGCGCUCCCCUGGCGCAGGACAAGGGCUAGGAGCCCCCCGGCCCCAGCCCGCAGCCAAUCCUCUCCCGGCGGAGCCCGGCGCUCCAGGAGGAGCCUCGGGAGCCACAGCGGCCGUCACCGCCCUGGGGCCACCAGGAGCAAAGGUGGUGUCACCUGUCCCCUGCUCCACCUGCCGGAGGGAGCUCAGUGGAUCCUGCUGGGAGCGUGGGGAGCACCAGACGCCCCCCAGAGCCUUGGGGAAGGACAUGGUGGCACCUGGAGGUGCCCGAGGAUGUGACCCUUGACGUGGCACUGCUGGAGAAAGAACGUGGUGGCACCUGGCGGUGUCCCAAGAGCCAGCACUGGAUGUGGCACUGCUGGGCAAGGAUGUGAUGUCACCUGGCGAUGUCCAAGGAUGUGGCCCUGGAUGUGGCACUGCCAGGGGAGGACGUGGUGGCCGUGCCCAGGUGGGGACAUCCAGAAGAAUUCCCAAGCUGAGGUUUCCCUGCUUUUCCCACUGGGCUUUGCUCCAGCUGGAGGCUGAUCCGGCCUGGAAGGACAGAUGGAUGAGGAUGAACAGAGGUGGACAGGAGGUGGCACCACCUGGGAGGACGUUGUCACCUGUGCCAGCUGGCGGAGGGGCUGGGCUGUGCUUCCCUCCCGGAAUUCCCAAAGGCCAGUGUCUCAGCUGGGGCCACAGCCAGGAUUGUCCAAGGUCAGGAGCUCCUGGACCAGAGUUCAGAGAUGAAAAUCUCUGUGGGGAGAAUUCCAAAAGCAGUCCCUGCGUUUUCGUGCCCACCACAAAUCAUUCCCACAAAACCACAUUCUUCCACUGGUCCUGGGAAGAGGGAUCUCCAAGGAGUGGGACAGUGACCACAGUCCUGAGCCUGGGACAGCAGAACUUCCAUUGUUCUCCACCUUUUGACCUUGACUCCAUCUCCAGCCUGGAAUAUCCACUAGGAAUUGGCUUCCUGUGAGCUGGGAUGGAUGGGUGGAAGGAAGGAAGGACAGUCAGAGCAGCUCUGGGAAGGGGAACACCAACACCAAACUCACCAAUGCCCCUCCUUCCCUCAUCCCUGGUAAAUCCGGAGCUCCUGGGAAUGCUCCAGCUGACGGAAGCUCCUUUGGGAGAGCCCCAAUCCCAAAUUUUGGGACCUUAGUGCUGUGUUCAGCACAUCCCCACUGCUCUCCUGCUUUGCACUAUUCCCGUUACCAGCAGUGGGGCUGCGCUGAUCAUGCUGGCAAAGCUCGGCACAGGCAAAAUCCUCCACUGAAUUUCCUUCCUUUAAUGCUAAUUUUAUUUUAUUUUAUUUGUUUUUUCCUAAGAUUCACACCACGAGGGUUGUCUAAAAAAAAAAAAAAAAAAAAUCCAGAGAAAAAAAUAAUACCAAACCCUUUCUGCUCCCAGCUUGGAGCUCUGAACUGGACAGAGCUGCUGGCUGCUCAGAAAUAGAAAUAUAUAUAAAUAUAUAAUGGGAUUUAUCUAUCCAGAGGUUUUAACGAGUUUAGUAAGCUGUUGGGGAGCCCCAUCCUUUGGGAUCCCUGUCCCCAAACCCGCUCCAGCACAAUUCCUUUCUUGCACUUUGAAAUUCCUUUGGAUUUUUCUCUUUUUUCCCUCGCCCUGAGCUGGGUUGUUCCCCCUCCCUCGGCAUCCCUGGAGGUGCCACCCAACGUCCUCCUGGCACAGGGACAGCCCUGGCACAGGGACCCCAGGUCCCCCCUGCCUCCCUCCUGAGGAGCCUCGGGUGUGGCAGCGACAGGGAAAGCAAAUUUAGUCCCAAACUGGGGCUAAAAUGCAGAAUUUUGGGGCUGUCCCCCAGCCUGUUUUGGUGUGGGGUGGCUGCGCCUGCCAUCCUGCAGAUCCUCAGGGUUUGGGAACAGCCAAAUCCCAGCUUUGGGCCAGCAGGAGAAUGGGCAGGGGGCUCUGCCAGCUGGGCAUGGCCAGGCCUUGGGGUUUACUUUAUUUUAGUUUAGUUUAGUUUUUGCUUUUUAUCACAAAUCCCAAAUCCCCACAUUGCCCCGGGAUCCCAAAUCCCUGCAGUGCUGCCCGUGGCCUCCAGCCCCAUCUGCAACCCCAGAGACCCCAAAGUUGUCCCCAAAUGUCCCAGUUCUUCCCAAAUCCAGCCCCAGGGGAUCUGGAAAGUGUGGGGAGCAGGGAGGGAGGGCUGGGAAGGGAAGUGAUCCCCCAGGACACCCAAAACCCGAGCCAGGAUCGCCCCCACUUUGGGGCUGGUGCCCAAAUCCCUGGACAAGGCCAGGACACCAAAGGGGUCAGUGAGAGGCACUUAGGGGUGAAUCCAGAGGCUGGAAAUGCUGGAAUUGGCUCCUGCGGGAAUGUCUGGGGAGCCCAGGCUUUGGAGGAGGAAGGAAAUCCGGGAAUUUGGGGUUUUUUAGGCAGGAUCACAACCAGGGGAGCUGGAUCCCUCUGGACCUCCAGGAAUUCCCAGAGCUGGAUCCCUCUGGACCUCCAGGAAUUCCCAGAGCUGGAUCCCUUUGGAUCUCCGGGAGUUCCCAGAGCUGGAUCCCUCUGGAUCUCCGGGAAUUCCCAGAGCUGGAUCCCUCUGGAUCUCUGGGAAUUCCCAGAGCUGGAUCCCUUUGGAUCUCCGGGAGUUCCCAGAGCUGGAUCCCUCUGGAUCUCCAGGAAUUCCCAGAGCUGGAUCCCUUUGGAUCUCUGGGAAUUCCCAGUGUUAGAUCCCUCUGGAUCCAGAAAUUCCCAGAGCUGGAUCCCUCCGGCUCCCUGGAAUUCUGGGAUUUGGGGAUCAGAGACAGAAAGCACUUACACCUCUCCCUGUGUUCGACCUUCCAAAGGCUCCCAAACCCCAGGAAUUGUCACCUCCAGCCACCCCAAAUGUCCCUUGGGCAGAGCAAGGAGGGGGAGCUGGAAAAUUCCAGGUAAAUCCCUGUGGAAAAAUAAAAGCCGGGAGUGCAGGGGGAAGGAAAAGGAGAAAAAGGAAAAGCUAAAGAUGAUCCGUGUUUCAGUUGCACUGGGGUACGUUUCUUUACCCGUUUUGAUGCUCUCAUUUAGGAUCGUUGCAUGUGUCCUUUUGUGUUUUUUUCUUUAUUUUAUUCAUUUUUAGUUGUUGGGGUUUUUUUUAAUAUUAAAUGAAAGAGAAAAAAUGUGUAUAUUUUUGGCAAUUUAAGGUAAUGUAGCUAAGAUAUAUUUUUUUCACGCUGCUUGACUGGUCUUUAUUAUAAUAAAUGAUAUUAAUAUUAA